UGUUGUUUUUAUAUAAUCUAUAACAACUUGGACAGCUCAACAGAAGCAAGUCAAUUUAUCUACACUUGUCAUCAUGUCUCUCCAUCAAACCAUGCACACAAUGACACGAGUUUAAAUGCAGCCAUUGGAGAAGGCUCUGACAAGGGCCCAUGAAAUCACACACACUGGAACACAAUCACUGAACCCCAAAAACCCCAUUCAUCACAAUCACAAUCACAAUCACAAUCAAGAUAUCUAUUGUUCCCAUUUGCCAAACGGACGGUCCUGAUCUUUUCUCUUCCACCUGCAAUCAUCUUUGCUUAUUUCAAAGCCUUUCAUUUCACCCUCAUGGUGGAGAAUCAACAAAUGGGUACUUUCAAGCUCUCUCUGUUUUCACUUCUUGUGCUGAUUUCAGUUGCUGGGAUGUUAUGCAUUGGAGAAUCGAAGACCGAGUGGGGAGAUAUAGAGGCUUUGAAGGAGUUCAAGAUGGCGGUGGAGCCUAACUCGGUGAGUCCCGGCUCGUGCCUAAGCUCUUGGGACUUCGGUGUGGAUCCAUGCGACAAUCUCUUCGGUGAGCGGUUCAUGUGCGGGUUCAGGUGCGACAGUGUGGUGGCCGGAACGAGUCGCGUGACCGAGCUCGCUCUUGACCAGGCGGGUUAUGCGGGUUCACUUGGUUCAAUUUCGUUGAACUUGCCUUUCUUGCAAACUCUGGAUUUGUCCAGCAAUUACUUCUACGGUUCAAUCCCUUACUCGCUAUCAAACCUCACUCGGUUGACCCGUCUCGUUCUGUCGAGAAACUCGUUCUCCGGUGAGAUACCCUCCUCGAUUGGCUCACUCGCUAGUCUCGAAGAGCUGUACCUCGACUUCAACAACCUGCAGGGCGCGAUUCCGUCUAGUUUCAAUGGCUUGGUUAGCUUAAAAAUGCUCGAAAUUCAAUCGAACAAGCUUUCUGGUGACUUUCCCGAGUUGGGUUCGCUCAAAAAUCUCAACUCUAUAGACGCCAGUGAUAAUAGCUUCUCCGGCCAAAUCCAACCUAAAUUGCCAACAUCGUUGAUUGAAAUCUCAAUGAGGAACAACACCCUUGAAGGCACGAUCCCUGAAACAUUCAAAGAUUUAUACUUCUUACAAGUUCUUGACCUGAGUCACAACAAACUCAGUGGCUCUGUUCCUUCACUUCUCUUCACUCACCCAUCUCUGCAACAACUCACUGUCUCUUUCAAUUCCUUCAAUUCAAUACUACCACCGUCCGAUCCAUCAAAAAGCCAGCUUAUCGCCAUUGAUUUGAGCGAUAACGCGCUCCAAGGCCUCUUACCUUCCUUUAUUGCGCUGUUACCAAAACUAUCAGCUUUAACUCUCGAGAACAACAAAUUUACUGGCAUGAUUCCGACCCAGUACGCCUGGAAGACGGUUCUACCCAGAUCCGGUUUCUCCCAGCUCUCGAGACUCUGGUUAGGAGGGAAUUACUUGUUUGGACCCAUACCGAGUCCAUUAAUGACCCUCAAACCGGAUUCUGCAAAUGUGAGAUUAACCGAUAACUGCUUGUUCCGAUGUCCGGCCACCUUCUUCUUCUGCCAAGGUGGGGACCAGAAAUCGAUGACGGAGUGCAAGAGCUUCGUUCCAUUCAUUCCAUAGAUGGCAAUAAUGUAAAUUCGACUUCUGUAUGUGUUCUGAUAUGUAAAUUCAGUUUGUUUAAGUUUUAAACAUGUUAGAAAAUGCUAUCUUCUGGUCUGAGUUAACUCUCAGAGUGAUGACGGUGAAUCGAGUACUAGAUUUUUUUCUC